ACAAAUCCCAUGAUGCCCCGCGGCACCCCCACAGCCCCGCCAUGGCGUCCGCCGGCGGCCCCGAUCCGGACCGGCCGCGGCCCAGGCCCUUCCUCAUCGGCGUCAGCGGCGGCACUGCCAGCGGCAAGUCCACAGUGUGCGAGAAGAUCAUGGAGCUGCUGGGGCAGAAGGAGGUGGACCAGCGGCAGCGCAAGGUGCUCAUCCUGAGCCAGGACAGCUUCUACAAGGUGCUGACGGCCGAGCAGCAGGCCAAGGCGCUCAAGGGCCAGUACAACUUCGACCACCCGGAUGCUUUUGACAACGACUUGAUGCACACAACCCUGAAAAACAUUGUUGAGGGCAAAACAGUUGAGGUGCCAACGUACGACUUCGUGACGCAUUCGAGGCAGGCAGAGACAACAGUGGUCUAUCCCGCCGACGUGGUGCUCUUUGAGGGGAUCCUGGUUUUCUACAAUCAGGACAUUCGGGACAUGUUUCACCUCCGGCUCUUUGUUGACACAGAUUCUGAUGUCCGGCUGUCCCGCAGAGUUCUGCGCGAUAUGAAACGUGGGAGGGACCUGGAGCAGAUCCUCACUCAGUACACCACCUUUGUCAAGCCUGCCUUUGAGGAGUUCUGCUUACCGACAAAGAAGUAUGCAGAUGUGAUCAUCCCCCGAGGAGUUGACAACAUGGUUGCCAUAAACCUCAUAGUGCAGCACAUUCAAGACAUCCUCAAUGGAGACAUCUGCAAGUGGCAGCGAGGGGCGGUGAACGGACACGGUCGGACCUACAAGCGCCCAUUCCCAGAGCAAACAGAGAGCAGCAGUGUACUCGCGGCUGGGAAGCGCUCCCACCUGGAAUCCAGCAGCCGUCCACACUAACCCCUCAGUGUCUGAAGGGUUUGCCAGACCAAUGAUGAAGACAACUUUUGGAAAGGACUUCAACAGAAUGGUUGGUGAAGUGCCCUAUAAAUCAUCCUGGCAGUGGCGGGGAUACUGGUGUGAAAGGCCUUGCAGAGGGGAAAGGAAAGGGUUGGCCUGCAGCCUCUCUCCCCUCCAAAACCCCUCUCCCUUUUCUCCCUGCCAUGCCUGGAUCACUGAUGUUACUUGAUGACGUGGUUGGAGGCAGUGCCAUUGCCUUUUGUGAGUUUUCAAAAUGAGAUUUAAUACUGAAGGCUCCCCUGAAAAUUAAGUGCUACUGGUGGUUAGCAAGAGACCCCAUUUCCCUAAUGAUCUUCCUUAGAGGAAAAUUAUCUGCCUGGUUUUCUCAAAAGAAGAAGCAGCCUCUUGGCCAAGACUAGUUCACACCCUGUUCAUUUUUAACAAGCAGGUGCAGGCCUUCACUUCUCCACCUUGUUGGGCACCUUGGGUUGUGGCAUUGCUUUCCUGCUGGCCAGCUUCCCUUUUACCCCGUGGGGAUGGAAGGAUAGAUCUAUAGAGGAAUCUCUCCCCUGAGAUAAGAGAUGAAACAGGGACUGUCUGGGACAAAUGGGAACUUGUAGUUCAUCAAGUGGUCAGGACCAAGCUGGGUGAUUCUGGUUCCUAAUUUAUUCCUUUCUAAGCUCCCAAACUUUGCUACACUGUAUGAUUAUUUUUUGUACCCAAAUAGUUGUCUUUCUUUACCACAGUUACUGAAUGCGUGAGCUCCAACUGGAUUGAGUUGCUCAUGGAAACAGAGACCUGACCUUGUCAGUAUUAGUGUCUUUUAGGGCGUUUGUGUACUGCUGGUUGCAGAUUCUGCUGGGUGGAAUCCAUCAGCUUCUGGAGCUGGGUAGUAAGGGGGGGAAAGCAAUUGCAGGAGCCUCCUUCUGACAGCACAAAGAGCUGUCUGGACAUGCUUCUACCCUCCAGCAGGGUCAAAGCCUUUCCCUUGCACUCAGUUUAAACUCAAGAAUGUCUGGUUUGCUAAAUAGAGCAGACAAGAGGCUGGAAGUAAACAGUGACAUCCCAGUUCCUGUUGUUUACCCCAGAUAAGUGACCCUGCAGCAAUAUGGAAUCAAGCACAAGCUGGGCCUUUGAAAGUGUCCUUGUGAUACCCUUCUUGAGUCUCGACUUACGGUGUCAUUUUAAGGAGGAGUAAAGGGGGAGGGAGAUUAUUGAGAGGACCUUUUUCAUAUUGGCUAGUUUUCUAAACCCAGGGGCUGUCUGUGUUGGAUGGGGGUGUGUGACUUGGGCUGAUGAGCAGAUGAACAGUGAUGAGAAAUGACCAUUUUAUAUAAAAGGUAUCUGUGCUCCUUGCACUACAGCAGCACAAAGGUACAGAAAGGGACACUUCUGGAGAUGCUUCUUAAACUCAGCAGUUCUCUUUCCCCUUAAGCCAGAAUUGUUCGUGUUAGUUCUGUAAUGGCUGAAGCUUUGGAGGAAAAUAAAUGAAGCAAAGUGCAGUCUGCACUUUCAUCCCUUACAGUCUUUUCAACACUGGAAAUCAGCAAAGGUCUGUUGUCUUGUUUGUGAUCCCCACAGCUCAGAGGUACACUUUUGUAAUGCUGAGGAGAAAGCUCUUCUCCUAACUGCUGCUGGGUGCUGUUUAGCUCAGGGUGACAGACUCUAGAGUAUGAGCUACUGUACUGAAGCAUUAGCUAUCAGGGCUGACUGAAGUAGGAGCAAAACAGUCACUAAAACCUACUCUGAAUGACUGUGGUGUUUGAUCAUACCUUCCUCUGGAGGCGGGGGGAGCUCAAAGCAGCCUUGAAUAGCGUUUGUUAGAGCAGUGAGGAAUGCUAUAAAGAGCACCCUGGUCAGGCUAGGAGUGCUGUUCUUGGUCAGCUCUGAGCUCUACUGUCAGAUCCUGCUGUUGCAGCCACAUGAAGAGAAUGAAUCGGAUGUGGUGUAGGUACUAUAACCCUUUUUGAAUACCUGUACAGAGCUAUUACAGUGUCCCCACUGAGCAAUCCCAGUCCUUCACGUGCACACCCUACUCUAAAUUCCUCUGCUGGUGCAGGCCAGGGCAUGGGCUGAGUUAAAAUGGGUUUACCCUGAGCUCAUGUACAAGUUAGAGCAGGUUUCCUUGUCAGCAUGAUCAGUUCUACCUUGAGUUCCUCUUCCUAUGAGACUGAGGUGUAAACAUGCAGCCCAGUAACUAUGAUCCUGCCAUUGAUAGUAGUGGGCCACAGGCUUCAUGUCAAUGCCACAAGGCCAAACGAUUCUUCUGGUUUUGGCUGACUUCCUGGCCUGCCUGAAGCUUUGUUUUAGCUUGUUUAGCUGUAACAGCAAUUUUUGUAAUGUCUGUUUUAUUUUUGCUUAGCUUCAUAAAAAAUCAUGGUUAUGCCAAAUGAUUAUACAUAGAUAAUAGUACCAAGUCAUUACUCUCUGCAGAAUGAACUAUUUAUAAACUUGGCUUAGUGCUGUAAUGUAAUGAAAUAGGGAUGAUAGCAGAGCAUUGGAAGUGGGGGCAAAGAAUGCAUUGUUGAGGAAUACCGUCAUGGGAUGAUGCUGGAGGCUGCAGGGCCAACUACUGAAGGUUAAAAACAUGUAAGCUUUAGAGCUGGAAAACCCUGGUUUUUAGGAAUAAAAAGAAAACAAAGGAAAGUAUCUGAUAUGUUGGAGAGUAGAAGCCAUUUAUAGUAACUAGUAACAUGGAACUGCAGAGCAAGGUGCUAGGAAACAUGUAAAAUAGCCUUAAGUGCAAUGUACUGCAAGAAGGAAGGAAUCAUCACCAUUGUUCUCCCAGGAUAAGAAGAAGAAACCCUUGCAGCGCACUCUUCCCUGCAAAGUAGCUGGGAUGCUGUUGACUGAAUUCAGCAACCCUGAGGAGCAGUGGAAGGGUGAAUGUAAUGGGGGCAGAAACUGGGAAUUGUGCUCAUAACAACUGUAUUACUGUUGAGACUUUUCUGUAACAAUGUUCUUUUAUUUUCUUUUCCUGUAAUAAUUAGAGCUGGACUACUGUCAAUUAUUUGAUCAGUCUGUUAAGAUUUCAGUUAUACUGACAAUAAAUUCUUGGCUUUGCAUAAAA